AUGGCUCAACCUGUUCAAUUGACGGCCCCUAACAAGGUCUCCUACCUCCAACCCACCGGACUCUUCAUCAACAACGAGUUCGUGGCCGCUAAGUCCGGCGAGACUAUCACCGCUGUCAACCCUUACGAUGAGUCCGUGAUUGCUAGCGUCGCUUCUGCCGGCGCCGAGGAUAUCGACCUCGCCGUUGCCGCUGCCCGCAAGGCCUUCAACUCUGAGGAAUGGCAGUCCCUCGGCGGUUACGACCGUGGCCUGCUUUUGACUCGCUUGGCUGAGCUUUGCGAGCGCGAUCGCGAGAUUCUCGCUACCAUCGAUGCCUGGGAUAACGGCAAGCCUUACGAGCAGGCUUUGGGCGAGGAUGUCGCCGAGGUCAUCUCCGUCUUCCGUUACUACGGCGGUUGGGCCGACAAGAUCCACGGACAGACUAUCCCUACCAGCGAGGCCAAGCUGGCUUACACCCGCCACGAGCCCCUCGGUGUCUGUGGUCAGGUUAUCCCCUGGAACUACCCCGUCAUGAUGGCCGCAUGGAAGCUCGGUCCCGCUCUUGCUUGCGGUAACACCGUUGUCAUCAAGGCUGCCGAACAGACUCCCCUCUCCAUCCUCUACCUCGCUGGCCUGAUCAAGGAGGCUGGCUUCCCCGCCGGUGUUGUCAACGUGGUGAACGGUCUCGGUGCCACCGCCGGUGCUGCCCUUGCCUCCCACGCGGAUGUCGAUAAGAUUGCCUUCACCGGUAGCACCAACACCGGAAAGGCCAUCAUGAGGGCCGCCGCCACCAACCUUAAGCAGAUUACCCUCGAGACCGGUGGCAAGAGCCCCCUGCUCGUCUUCGAGGAUGCCAACCUUGACCAGGCUGUGAAGUGGUCUCACGUGGGUAUCAUGAGCAACAUGGGCCAGAUUUGCACCUCCACCUCCCGCAUCUACGUCCAAGAGAGCAUCUACGAGGAUUUCGUGGAGAAGUUCAAGCAGUACACUGUCGAGAACUCCAUCGUCGGCAGCCAGUUCGAUGCCAAGGUCAACCACGGACCCCAGGUUUCCGCUGCCCAGAAGAAGCGCAUCCUCUCAUACCUCGAGACUGCCAAGAGCGAGGGCGCUCAGCUCGUUCUCGGAGGCGAGCAGCCUGCCGCCGAUGCCAAGGGAUACUUCGUUAACCCUAUCAUCUUCAAGGAUGUGAACCGCGAUAUGACCCCCGUCCGCGAGGAGGUCUUCGGUCCGUUCGUUGUCAUCCAGUCCUUCAAGGACCAGAAGGAUGCCAUUGCCAAGGCCAACGACACAGAGUACGGUCUCGGUGCCGCUGUCUUCACUGAGAACAUUACCCGUGCUCACACGGUUGCCAACGCCAUCCAAGCUGGUAUGGUCUGGAUCAACAGCUCACAAGACUCUCACUUCGCUAUUCCCUUCGGUGGAUACAAGCAGAGUGGUAUUGGCCGCGAGCUCGGCGAGUACGCUUUGUCUGCUUACACCCAGGUGAAGGCUGUUCACGUGAACCUCGGCACUUGGCUUUAA